AUGUCGAAGGUAUUGAAGACUGACGGCUCGCAUAGCCCGUCUGAAAAGUCAACGGAGGAUGUCGAACAUGUCGAUAGCAAUAAGCUGUCUGCUCAAAGCCCAGCUCAGGAAGAUUGGUCGGGACUUGAUCUCGCAGAGAUGGAGGGGCAGAUUGGUGUCCGGGGACUCUUUGAGAAUAAGCUGAUCCUGGGCAUAUCCUGCUUCGCGACGUUGGGAGGUUUUCUUUUUGGUUAUGACCAGGGCGUUGUCAGCAACAUAUUGGCUAUUGAGUCUUUCGGAGCUGCUUUUCCAUCAGUUUACAUGAAUGCGUCCUUGAAGGGAUGGUAUGUCUCUGCAAUGCUACUGUGUGCUUGGUUUGGCUCGCUGGUGAAUGGACCUAUUUGCGACAAGAUCGGACGAAAGCGUGACAUCUCGUUGAUGGUUGUCAUUUUCGAGCUCGGAAUUGCGCUACAAACUGGUGCAACGUCCACUGGUUAUCUAUUUGGCGGUCGUGCAGUUGGCGGCUUCGCCGUUGGCGCAUUGACUCACGUCGUACCCAUGUACCUCGCUGAAAUCUCUAGUGCCAACAUUCGAGGAUCACUAGUCGCCCUGCAACAGCAAUGCAUAACGCUAGGAAUUGUUUUUAGCUACUGGAUUGCCUAUGGUACCUCCUUUAUAGGCGGCGUGAGAUGCGCACCCGGAGUACCCUUUACCGGCCCGCUCUUGAACGGACAGCCGACCUUCAAUCCGUAUACCGACGUGCCAUCGGAUGGAUGUACUGGCCAAACUCAAGCCUCUUGGCGUGUUCCAGUUGGCUUCCAGAUGUUCCCUGCGCUGUGUCUCGGGAUCGGGAUGCUUGUUAUGCCAUACUCGCCCCGCUGGCUCGUCGAGCAAGGGAGAGAGGAAGAAGCUCUCGAGACGCUGUCGUGGCUUCGCCGCAAACCGGUUGACGAUAUUGCGAUUCGCUUCGAAUUUCUCGAAAUCAAGGCCGAAGUUCGGUAUUCUCGCGAAUAUAUGAGUCGCACAUACCCCAACGUGGGGCCGAUUAGAAGGUCUUUAAAUAGCUAUCUCAUGCUCCUAUCGAGUUGGCCAAAGUUCAAGCGACUUGCGGUGGGCUGCUUGUGCAUGUUCUAUCAGCAAUUCAUUGGUCAGAAUUCACUGAUUUAUUAUGCACCCACAAUAUUUGGUCAACUCGGGCUCGACCCGACGACCACUUCCUUGCUCGCGACAGGAAUUUAUGGGAUUGUAAACUCUGUGUUUACUAUUCCCGCCGUUUUGUUCCUCGACUCCUUGGGGCGUAAACCUCUCCUUAUGAGUGGCGCGCUGGGGUGCUGUUCUUCUCUCAUUAUAGUUGGCUCCCUCGUUGCGACGUAUAGCUCUGAUUGGCCAGCUCACACCGUUGCAGGUCAUGUCGCUAUUGCGUUUGUAUACAUAUACAACGCACAUUUUUCAUACUCUUGGGCGCCUAUUGGAUGGGUCUUGCCCAGCGAGAUCUUUCCGCUCCACCUCCGCUCUACUGGAAUCUCGAUCACCACGUCCACUUCCUGGAUGAUGAGUUUGUGCGAGAACAUCAAAUUUCGUCCUAACCGCAAACUUAAUCCCUUUUUCAGCAUCAUCGGGCUGGCAUCACCUACCAUGUUGACUAAUAUUCCAAGCGGAGGAACAUACUUCUUUUUUGCCGGAUUCGCUCUGUUGGCGUUCCUGACUUCUUGGCUUUUCUUUCCCGAAACUAAGGGAAGGACGCUGGAGGAAAUGGAUAAAACGUUCGGUGACAACAGCACGGAACAAGAGCGGGAACACAUGGACAGGAUAUGCCGUGAACUGGGCCUUCCAGAGAAGGCGCUGCUGUCUCAUGCGUAA